AGACAUGUCAAAAAUGUUUGUUUCGUGCUAAAAAUGAUAAUUUUCUAAAACAUUAGAAUUAACAGAAGUAAAUACACUACACGGCAAUAAUUGGCAGUACCUUAUUUAUUAUGUAAAAUAUAUCACAUUUCUGUUCUCUACAUCUUAAACAUUAAGAGAAACAGUAGAAACUAAAUUCAUUUUGUCAACAUAAAGCGUCUGCCAUGAUGUUUUAAGCGUCGUUUUGGUGUGAGCAGAUCUCGAGUUUUUGUAUAAUGAAGAUAAAUUGGCCCCAAAUUGGAAGUGAAUUGUAACAAGAAUCAGAAUGGUUGUGGAUGUGCCUACGAGGUCUCUUCAAAAUCUGAAAAUGCAGCCUGCUUGUAUGACUCCAAAAGAACUUUCCGAGAAUGAUGACUUGGCUACAGCUUUAGUUCUUGAUCCGCAUUUAGGAUUUACAUCACACAAAAUGAAUGUUCGUUAUAGACCGCUCAAAGCUAAUACAUCACACUUGAAAAAGUUAAUCGAUGAUUUCAUUAAAGAUCAGGAUUAUGAAAAAGUUUAUAGUUAUCUUUCAAGAGGUGAAUGGAUGCCUAAAAUCAGAUCAAAAAACCAGCAGAAAAAGCUUCAGGAACAUAUUUAUAGGUAUCUUAGAGUAUUUGAUAGAGACUCAGGUUUUGUAAUAGAACCAUGCUAUAGAUACUCCUUAGAAGGUCAAAAAGGGGCAAAAAUAUCAGCUACAAAGAGGUGGUACAAGAAUGAUAAAAUUGAAUGUCUAGUAGGGUGUAUAGCAGAGUUAACUGAGCAAGAAGAAAAACAACUUCUUCAUCCAGGAAAAAAUGAUUUUUCUGUUAUGUACAGCUGUAGAAAAAACUGUGCUCAACUUUGGUUAGGACCUGCUGCAUAUAUUAAUCAUGACUGUAGAGCAAAUUGUAAAUUUGUUGCUACUGGACGUGACACUGCUUGUGUUAAAGUUUUGAGAGACAUUGAAGUUGGUGAAGAGAUUACCUGUUUUUAUGGAGAAGAUUUUUUUGGUGAUAAAAAUUGUUACUGUGAGUGUGAAACAUGUGAAAGAAGAAAAAUGGGCGCAUUUGCAAAAGAAUCUGAACAAAAGGAAGAAAACGGUUACAGGUUAAGAGAGACUGACAAUAGACUAAAUAGGACUAAAACUAAAGUAAUACACAAUAAUCAUAAAGAAGAAAAUCAAUAUAAUGAUUGUUUGCAAAAUAAUAAAGUUGUUACUCCCUUAAGCAUAAAAGAACUGCGUCAAAAGGGUCUUACUAAAUAUGAUGCUGAAAUGCUAAUAGCACAAGGUUGUAAGUUUUCUGAUAUUGGAGAAUUUCAAACUUUGAAACGAAGUAGCCGUAGUAGUUCAGGUUCAAAUAGCAGUGAGAAUAAUAAAAGCUGUACUGAAAAAAAAUCUGUGAUAAAUAGGGAGACGAAAAUCUCAUCUGUAAGUUCUAGGACAGCGCGUUUACAAAGAAGGCAAGCACAAAGAGCAAAUCAGGAACUAAUGCAAGCCGCUACACAAGGCAUUUCCAGAUCAAAUUUGUUAGAUGAUUUGCAAAGUAAUGCAAGCAGUUGUCCAAGUACUUUUAGUGAUAAUGAUCCAGUCUGUGAUGCAACUCAACAAAACAAGUUAUUUAAUGACAGCCAUGAAAGUGGUAAACUAGAAGUGACUUCAGAGGAAUCUGCAGGAAUUACUUUAAGAAAUCAUAAAUGUCUAGGUGAUUUGAUGUUAGAUUCAACUAGCUCUUUGUCAGCUGCUUUGGAAUUAGAUUGUCAAGAAUGCAAUGGAGUUAACAAUAAUCACACUUUGAAAAGAACUUGCAAUUUAGAUAGAAAUAGAAAAAUUUCAAAACCAACAAAAGCUUUAAUUACAAUAUCGCAUAAUUCAGAUGAUUAUCAUGAAAGUGAUAAUUGUAACAAUGAAAUUGCAAAGAGUGACAUUUAUGAAUUCAAUGAUGAUGAAGCGUCGAAUGAUAUUGCACCAUUAAGGAAAAAAGAAGAUGACAGUGAAAUGAACGACAGUGAAGUGAAAGAUAAACUGAAUUUGAUUGAAACUGAUACUGCCGUUGAGACUAACAGGAGCUGGCCUAUAGAAAAACUUAAUAGUAUUUUGCAACCACCGAAUUGUGUUCAAAAUGAAGAAAAGACACCAGAAAAAGGCGGCGGGAGACUGAAACUAACGUUAAGAAUGAAGAGAAGCCCAGUUUUAGAUGAGGUCAUUGAAUCGGGUAAUAGUCUUAGCGAAGAUUACUUCGAGCCUGAAUAUGAAGUUUUGAGAGUUGAAGGAGUGGAAGGAGAAGAGUCCGUUUGUACACCUUAUUCCCACAGGAAAAAACGACACAAAUCAAAGGACAGAAAACGAGAACGGCGAAUAAAGCACUCAAAGGAGGAUGAAGAACUACCACAACUGCCCAUGAAGAGACUACGACUGAUUUUUGGUAACGAGAGCCAUACGAUUGACAUACCGUCCACUAGUUCAAACUGCGAGACAUGAUGUUCAGUUUUUGCUGUAUUUAAUGACAUCGGAGAACUGGAACUUUUUUGGAAUGGUUCUAUUUUUUCUGCUGAUUAAAAAUAUUACAAUUUCUUUAAAACGUCUAAAAAUACUUGUUUUUACGUCAUAUAUAAAUCAAACCUACGUCAUUCUUUUUAUACAUAUAUAAUGACUACAAGUCUAAUUUGUAGCCAUUUGUAUUCAAUGUAAUAUAAUCUAUUUUUUUCUAUUCUGUUUUCUUAAUUUUAUGAUUGUUAUUUAAAUAUACAAUAUAGGUGGCAACCCCUAAUGUUAUUUGCUGAUUGUAAUCAUUUUAUAGCUCGACAGCCACAGGUGUAUAAAUUUUGUUUAAACUAUUGGUGUUUCUAAACGGUCUUAUAUAAAAAAGUAAGCUUUGAAUUUUUUCAAACAAAUUAUAAACUUUCCUUUUAAAUGUAUUUGUUUUUUAGCAGUAUUAUUUAUUUGUUUUAAAUAUUUUACAGACAUUUUUUAACAAUUCUUCCCCAAGUACAUACAUUGUAUUUAAUCCUAAAAAUGUGAUACAGAAAUUAUAUAAUACUUAAGGCUCACAUAAAACAAACCUGAUUGCCUGAAAAAAAUAGUGGAAUGAAUUAAGUUUGUUUUAUGCGAUUUUGUAACAUAGUUUUUGUUUAGGUAAUUAUAUUUUACAUAGGCAAAGCAAAUAAUGUUGCUGAAGUUGAUGAAAAAUUAUAUGCUAAAAAGUUAUCAGAACUAACCAACUUAAAUGUUUUCCUUUAUAUGUAUAAUGUGCUCUUAAGGGCACUAAUAGGGCACUAGUUUAGUGCCCUAUUUGAGUUUUCCUCUAUUUUUUUAACAAAAACGAAGACAAUAGUUGCACAUAUUUUUAUAAAUAUACACGGUGCUCAAAUAUUAUAUACAUUAAAGUUGUCAUUUUUAAAAUGUAAUGUAUAUAUUUUUGUUGGUGGAUUUAUAAAAUGUCUAUUCUCAAAACACCAUAUUGAAGUAAUUUAAUAGCAUUGUAUAAGGAAACCGAGUAGUUACACUCUUAGAAAUAUUUUCUGCUAGCCGACAAAAUUCGGCAGAUUGUUGACUCAGCCUGCGAAGUAGGUUCGAGCGUUGCGCGUCAGCAUAGGAUUGACAAGAAUGAGUGCUUUACUGUGUGUUGCUAUUGGGUGUCUUAAUACCUGUAAAAAAAUGCGCAUUGCGUUUCUUUAGAUAUCCAUCGGAAGCUAAUAAUAAUUUAUCAAUAAACAUUUAAACUUGUUUAUUUUACAAGCUGAGAUAUACCGGAUGCGUCUCAAAAGUGGCUCACCCCUAUAACUUUUUUAU